UGGGGAUAUGAAGUCGAAUAAUCGAAAUAAUACGUUUGGGAUGGAAGGGCUUCCCGAACCAGUACAAGCACCCCUUUGACCCUGUGACCAAACAUCCCCCCGGCGCACAUUAGCCAUCUCGUGGCCAAGCCCUAGUUUUCUAAACCCUAUUUCUUCUCCCGUCUCAGCUUCCAACUCCAGCCUUCUCUUCUUCCAAGUGCUCCAACGCCCAUAGCUGCUACCUUCUGACACCAAGUACCCGACAGUUUUCGCAGCAGCAUGGCACCGAAGAAGGAAAAGGCUCCACCUCCGUCAUCGAAGCCUGCAAAGUCCGGAGGAAAGCAGAAGAAGAAGAAAUGGAGCAAAGGAAAGCAAAAGGAGAAGGUGAACAACAUGGUUUUGUUCGAUCAGGGAACUUAUGAUAAGCUUCUUUCAGAAGUUCCAAAGUACAAGCUUAUUACACCUUCUGUCUUGUCAGACAGAUUAAGGAUUAAUGGAUCACUGGCGCGUAGGGCAAUCAAAGAUUUGAUGGCAAGAGGCUUAAUCAGGAUGAUAUCUGCCCAUGCUAGCCAGCAGAUUUACACCAGGGCCACCAAUACUACCUAGAAACAUCUCACCCCUUCACUGUUUGUCGUUGUUAUGGAACCAGCCAGCUCUCAGCUUGGGUUUUGAUGACUUGUCUUCUUUCCUGUUCGCAUCUGUUUUUGAUUAUUGAAUGUUUUGUUUAUUAUGGCUUCCAUGCAUUUUGUUAUUAUUAAUGGCGGAUAUUUUUAUCUGUGGCUGUUAAUCAGGACCAAGUCAUCACAUUUAGCUUAA